UUUCGUUUAUAAUGCCUAUUACAUACAAUCGUGGAAAUGUAAGAAAAAUCGGUUUUCGAGCUAGAGGAAGAUCAGCACACUCUUUAGAUGUUGCUGGCCCACGAGUUGACACAGGUGCUGGAGGCGAUGGACGUGUAUUCUUACAUAUACGGCCUGCUUUGGCUGAUUCCAGGUCUUCAUUGCAACGGUCAAACACCACACUCACUGGAAAUAAUUACAUCUGCAAAGAAGAUAUAAAAGAUGAGUCUGUUAAUUUGCAAGCUGUGGGCGAGGGUAAAGUACAGUUAUCUCGAACCCCACAAGAAAAAGACCGUUUGCCCGACCGAAUAAGUUUGGAUAGGCGUGGUCUUUCAUCCAUACCACAUAUAGUUGGUGAACCUGGAUUACGUCUCCUAUCUUUACAACACAAUUUGAUUAACACAUUGUCCGGGCUUUCUCCUUUGGAUUUGAGUAAACUAGUUUUUUUAGACGUGUAUGACAAUCAGAUUGAUAAAAUUACGUCACUUGAGAAACUUUUUAGCUUAAGAGUUCUUCUACUGGGCAAAAACAGAAUUAAAAGAAUAGAGGGUCUGUCCAAUUUGCUUAAACUUGAAGUGCUGGAUUUGCAUGGUAAUAGGAUAACAAAAGUAGGAUGUUUGUCCAAUCAGAGUGAGCUUAAAGUCCUCAAUUUAGCAGGCAACCAAAUAAAAUGUAUCGGACCGAUGGAUCUUCAGGGAUUAGUGUCUUUGCGUGAAUUAAACCUAAAACGAAACCGUUUAAGGAAAUUACUUGGUUUUCAAAAUACAAUGAAAUUACAAAAACUGUAUCUUGGUAACAAUGAUCUACAAAGUAUUGAGGAUGUUUCAUCGUUAGCUGAAGCUACGUCCCUCACAGAAGUUUCUUUGGACGGUAACCCAGUAGCUUUAGGUGGCGAUUGCACUCCAUUUUUAGUAUCAUAUCUUCCAAAUCUAAUUACAUUAACAAACAUGCAUGUCAGUGACCAGGUUCGACAUGCUGCCAUGGCUUGGCGCAAUAACAAGGAAGCUGCUCAUGCAGCAUACUGUGCAUUAAGUGGUUCGGCUCAACAAGCUGCUAGACGUGAUCAAAUAAUAAAUAAUGCUCGAACUAAUUGGGAACUACUCAGAUCAGAGAACAAAUGCUUUGUAACUACUGCUACAAGCCCUGUUAAAAAAGUUGAUAUUGAAAAAGAUUUAGAAACCGAAUCUGUUGACAGCACGCAUAGUGGUGAGAUUCAAACUGUAGAAACAACUGUUAUUCCUGAUUUAAUUGCGUCAACACGAAAAAUAGACAAAGAAGAAUCAGAAUGCAAAAUCAACAACAUUAGUACACAAGUUUUUUCUGAUAUUUCCAUUCCAAAACCUGUUACGCAUAAAUUACAGAGAAGCUCAACUGCACGGAAACCUUCUGAGAGGCGUGUUAAUUUUUCUGAACGAAGCGCCUCUCAAGAUACAGACGCCUCCCAUUCAACAUCUACUAGCAGUGAUGUUAGAUUACCACCAAUUUUAUUGCCAAUAAUAUCUUCACUCGAAAAUGUUAAACUAAACGACAGUACAGAGCCCGUAUUAAAAAGAUGGGAGAGUAUUUCUAGUGUGGAACCAAUAGGCGAUUCUUCCUUUAGUUCUAUACCUUCUACAUCUAGUGAUAGUGAAAGUGAUACCAAUAAAAGGCAACUUCGAAGGGUUCCAACAGUAUUAAGACGAAGAGAAAACUUUGGUACAAUGCGAUCUAAAUCAGUUUGCGACCCAGAAAGUCGGAGAGCGAAAGCAGUCACACGGAUUUCCGAUAAUUGUGAAAAUACCAGUAAUAUUUCGUGUAGUACAAACUUUGGAUCUGUUGCGACAUCAUCGACAUCAGGAAGUGACAAUAAUAGCAAAUGUUUAAAAAGACAAGGUUCUUUAAACAGUAGAUCAAAUACAAGAAAUAUUCGUAGUGCAACGAUAACAAGAAGAAACGAAAGAGCUUCUUCAGCGCACCGGGCUUCAACUGCGAAAGCUAAGUCUACUAAAAAUUUAGCGAGCUUAAAAUCAUCAGAGCCAGUACCUAAAGCACUGCCUCAAUGUAAAGAUAGGGAACAGGGUGUUGAUUAUCUUGUUGAAGUUUGUGAUGGUAUUGUUAGUGCGUGGGGUGCUGGAGCAGUAAGGCGACUGGCUCGUGAUUGGGAUUGGGAACGAGCACGUACUGUAACUCGUGCAGCUUUUCACUACGUACAUUUUCACGCUGUUGCUCAGUCUUUACCAGAACUAAAAGCCAAAUUUCCUAAUGUUACUCACAUAUCUGUACGCGCAACUGGACUUCAACAUUUAGGUCAAUUGCAUGCCUUAGCGGAAUUGCGAGGUUUAACUGGUUUAAAUAUAAUGCCUGAAGGAAACCCCAUUUGUGUCAAAAUUUGGCGAGAAUAUACUGUGUAUAGACUUGCUCAUUGGGGCCUAAAAGAAAUCAAUGAUGAACCGAUUACGGAUGAAGAAAUAAAGCUAGCUAACAAAACAUAUAGUGGCUUAAGUGAUAUGGUGCUCCGUGCACUUCCUGACGCGCCGCUGCAACCUUUAUUGUCGAGAUUAGGCAAAAGUGGAAAUAGCAGCUCCAGUGCCAAAGCCUGGCUAAGGGCUGCAGAUCCAGCUUUACGUGAUGUUAUAGCAAAAGAAGCGCUGCAGUAUAAGAAAGGACAUGUUUCGCAGGAAGAUAUGAGUUGGAGAGUCCGUGGACGUGGUCAAUUGUCGCACGUGAUUGAGCUAGCAUGUGGAGCGGCUAUUCGUUUACGCACCCUUGAACUUCAGUGGCCUACAAUAUUCGUGGAAAUGAUUGAAGAAGUGUUAGGAGAUUUUGCUAAUAUGGAAAACCAUGUUAAAGAACAAAUGCGCAUGCUUACGGACUCUUUGUGACACCUUUUGCUAGUUGUACUUAUUGAAUUUGUAGUGCUCAAUUUUUUAAUCUAUUACAAAAACUACAGACCCAUAUUGGUCUGGGUGCAUUUUCCACGUAUUUUUAGAACUAUAGAGAAAAUGAUUUUACUAUCUGAGAUUUUAUUAGUUAUACAUACCAAGUGAACAGCACUAAUUAAUUAAAAAUGA